CACGAUUCAUUUAUAAAACGCAAAAUAUCACGAUAAUUGUACGAACAGCGUACAAGUGUAAUUUAUUUUUCAAGAAAAAAAAAAAAAUUGUUCGAAUUUUGACAAUUUGGGUUGAAUUAUCGUUGCAUGCUAAAAAAUACUUCGAGAAUUCGAAUAGCCGUUUAAUCCUCGAUAAGAGGGAAAUAAAUUUGACUCUGAAACAGUUUCUACGGCCCUGGAUGCGCGCGUACAGCCAAGCGUGCACUCCCGUUAUCGAUCAGUCGCGUGUUAGUCCACCGUGACAUGGAGGAUCUCCUGCUGCAGAUCGUCCGAGAAUCGAGCAAUGCAAAAUUACAAAAUUUGCGGAAAUCAGCGCAGGAAGCGUACGACUUCCUGGACAAACAGCAAGGGUUGUUACGCGAUCCACCUCACGAGCUGCGAGCAAAAUGUCUACACGCCUUUCAGCUAGCAUUAGAGACGAAGAGGAGCAAAUUCGUUGCUUUUGGCCUGUCGGGAUUACACAAAAUGUUAAGGGACGACAGAUUCCAGUCACCGUACGAGCCAGAAGACGAUUCUCUCUGGCUACCCGCACAAAUGUUGCACGCGAUGAGUUCCAUGUUAUCGCAAUCGGACGACACUCAGACGGACAUGCUGAAAGUUCUGUUACAAGUGGCCUGCUCUUCUUAUUGGACAAUGAACGGUCGUUUAAUAAUCGCCAUUCUCACUACCUGCUGCGAGGCUUUCGAAAAUGGGAAUCAAGCUGUGAGGACCGCUGCCCAAGCUGCAACCAGUCAAACGUUGCGAUCCUUCUGCUUGUUCCUAGACGAGGAAUGCCAGGAGAUGGACGAGAACGCGAAGAAGAAUAAAAAUUUGUGGGAAAGAGGUGUCUCCUGUUUCAACGAAGCUCUACCGAUACUUCAGUACAUCUGUAGCAAGUUGGACGAGGCUCAAAAAAAAUCUUAUCCCAGCAACGGAAGGAACGGGAACACGGUUGUGUUUCUGUUGGAGUGUCUGCACACUUUAAUCUCAUCCCUGCCGCAGAAGAUACACACGAACGGACAUUUCACCACCUUUCUGUGGCAAAAGUUUUGCCCCGCGUUGAUAGCUUUCCUGGGCACGCCGAGGGUCGACAAGACCUUCACCUCGAGGGAGGGGAAGGAGAACGAGAUCGGGAGAGGAUCCGGAUACUUGGCCACGUCUCUGAGCUUCGACAGCCACCAGGCCAAGACCGUUUACAGUAUCGGGACGGAGUUGGUCCGAUUGGUGGGGUGCGUGGGCCCCCUUCGCCCUGUCCUAGAAUCAGUGUUCCACAGGAUGUUGCUCUAUCCUCCGCCCCAGCAACGUCUGGAACCUUUGAAAGCUCUGAAGGAACUUCUACGAAGCCCGAGCCGGAUGGUGGACUUUGCCGGCCCUUUGCUCGUGGAGGAGGAGAAGUCCAGCCACAUCCAGAGCGACAUGGCUCUGAUGAGACUAGCGAUGGACUCGAUCGAGGAGUCGACGAAUGGCGGUUUGAGCACGUUGCACGCCAGCGUGUCGUGCGUGGUCGCGAUGCUCUCCGCCCUCCAGGAAUUGUGCGAGGGGAAGGCCAUUAACCACACCUACACGUGCACGAUCAACAGUUUGUACGAGGAUCUGGAGUCUUGCGACUACAAAGGUCCUUUGACCUACCAGAGCAUGGCACGGUUGCCGAAAACCUACAGGGAGCAAUUGGAGCUGAUGAAAAAGGGGAUAGGCUCUGACUCGGAUUCGUCGGGUCACGGCCCGUCCGAGGACGGCGACUCGACGGACACCGAGGGCCCUCAGAACGAGUCCGACGAGAUUCAAGAGGAGAACAGCCUGGAGGACAACGACUACGCGAUAGAGAACGAGAGAGAAAGAUUGAGGCUGGAGAAGCUGCCGAAAUGCCUUCACGUGGGCCGCCAGGUGGCCGACGAGUGCAACGUGGACAUGGAAAGGCACAACGCGAGAAAAUUCGUGAGAACGUUGAAAAGCGAUCUCAUACCCAUGGUUUUGUCGCUCAGAAGCAACAUCGAGGUCGACGAAGCUCUUCAGAACUUUGCCUCGGAAUAUUGCCAGGGUGUUUUCACAGCCCAACAGAAGAUGCAGGAACAGACGGACACGAGCACGGACUCGUGCGCCCUUAUCACGAUAAUGAACGCCGAUGGGAUUUAUCUCGCCACGUACGCGGCUUUGCUGCUCAACCUCAAGUUGAUCAGGAUCAAUUACUAUCACGAGGAUAAUCGUCAAGUUCCUAUCAGCGAGGAACAAUUUGUGGAGGAGGUACACGGAUCUGGAGUUUUGGUGUACCUUUCGGCUACCUGGUUGUCCGAGCUGUAUCAACAAGUUCUGGCCUGUAAUCUGCUCGAAAAGUGCGGCUACAAUCCGCACUACACGGAGAAUAGCGCGCUGAUAAACGUGUUAACCGAUGUCGAUGGGAUUCCUGGGAGCCAGAGAGGCGGGCAGCUUCUGUCCGACUACAUAAGAUUGGAGAAAGCUCAGUUGUCUCGAAGCGAGCCAACGCCGGAGGCGGAAGCGGGAGCCAAGUUGUCGAGAAGAGUAUUGACGUGCUGUUGGGGGAGCAUGAUGACAGUUUUGACGACAGGAUUGAAUCCUCCCAAGGAGCAGAAUAACAAGGGGAUUCUUAGCAGAGACGGCGGUAGGCGAGGAGUCAGAGAUACCGUGAUCUUGUCCUUGGAAGGUCUUCACAAGGCAGCGAUUCUCAGCAAUAUACUCGGUCUGCAGAAUCGAUGCGGUUCCAUAUUCGCCUUGCUUGUCAAAGCGGCCUGCACGGAACAGUCAAUCUCGAAAAUCACCAGAACGAAGGACGUUCUACGGUUGAAAUUGCAAAACAGGGCGACCAACAUUCACACGUCGCACGCGUUGAGCAUGGACGUGCUUCUGGGCAAAGGUUUAGAGCUGGGAAGCCACGGUAGCGAUUGUUGGCCUCACGUUUUCACGUGCUGUCUGUACGUGAGCAAAUUGGAACACGAUUUCUUCGGGAGAAAUCAAAAUCCAUCGUUGCCCAAGACUCAGCAGAAGAAAGAUAAGAAGGAGAAUUCGAGCGGGGAUCCGAAAGGGAGUCAGGACAGAUUGAAGCUUAACUUCAACAUAAUCGAGGAAGAGGAGACUUGCGUGGACGUAUACAGUUUCCUGUCAAGUCCGUACACCCAUAAUUCCAGUACGGACACGAUUCCAGAAAUAAUACAAGAAUCGAACGCCGACGGCCAAUUCAACGGGAUUCUUCCCGCUGAUUACGCGGCGAAGAUCAUCUGCGUUUUAUCCCAACAAGUGGACAGAUUGUUCGAGAACGCGGCGUUGAAGUUAAACCUUAAAGCGUUGUGCUUGUUCCUCACCGCUCUCUGCAAGGCGAGCAAAGCCCAGUUAUUCAAGACCACGGACGGGUCCAAAGACAAUAAGAGAUUCUGGUGGAGAAGGAGUAAGCCGAGAGAGAACGAAAUGAACGUGCUCCUUCUGGCUCGAUUAGGGGAAGUGAUGUUGAAGUGUGUGAAGAGUGGAAGGCCUCUGAUCCAUAUAAUGAGGGUUUGGAGUAUCCUGGGGCCGCACUUUAUGGAGGCAGCCUGCCACAAGGACCGUGGCAUUUCGAAGAAGGCGGUGCAAUGCAUUCACGACUCGAUGGCGGCUUUGUUGAACGAGCAAAUGGAAUUACCCCACUUCCACUUCAACGAGGCACUGUUCAAACCUUUCGAGAACCUAUUGUGUCUGGAACUUUGCGACGGCGACGUUCAAGAUCAAAUCGUCAGCUGCAUCUGCGAGUUCGUGGAGACGAACAGGACCGAGAUACGAUCCGGGUGGCGGCCUCUGUUCGGCGCGCUACGCGUAGCUUCGGUCGGCAAUUCAGAUUCCGUCGAGUCCGCCCCCCUCCUCGAGGUGUUCAGGGUGUUUCUAUCAACGGACAACACGCUCGUGUUCGCGAACGCGGCGCUAGAUUGCAUCCUGUGCCUGUUGAAGCACGUGCGCGGGAUCGGGGACGCGGACGGCCACCAGGACGAGCAGGAACAGAUCGACGCGGUCGAGUCCCGCAGGAUGAGACUUUGCGUGGAGAGUCUCAAGUACCUUCUAAGCUGUAGCGACAUCCUCGCUUCCAUGUACGGUAUGCCGGCCUGCCCCAUCUUUCACUCGGCUCAGAGGAUCCAGGUCUCGACCAUACCGCAAUACGUCGACCCAACGAUACCUAACUCGGAACUGAUCAGAUUCGACAAACACGCGGAAUCUAUGCAGGAAACUAUCCCCGAAAGGCCGCACGACGUCUUGAUGGACAACGUGCACGCGAUCACCACUCUGCAAAGCAUGGACAAGCCCAGCGGUAUACUGAGAGUCUGGUACAUUCUGAUCGAGGGUUUGGCGAGCGCAACCAUGAUCUGCCCUAAACGCUACCAACCGCACACUUUGGAGACCUUGUUCCAUCUGCUCAGGGACACCCUCAAUGUCCCCGGCCCGACCUUUGGAUUGUACUGCGUCAACCAUCUUCUUCUGCCCAUGGUCCAGAAUUGGUUGAGGAGGACGUCCAAGAUAUUCAGGGGAUGGGACAACUUUGCGCCUAACUUUAAACAGUGCUGCGGCCUCACCACCGAUCUCGUUGUCGACUACUUGACGCACUUGCAAGGAGCGGACGUAGUUCGAAACGACGCCUAUCUAUCGGCCACCACCCUGAUGUUGAAGCAGUUGUUACUAGUGAUGGCGGAAUGCGUCGUUCAACCCACCGAGAGCAUAGCUCGUCUAGGUUGCGCCUGUAUCAGGCACGUCCUGGUGAGCAGCGGCCCCCUCCUCACCCCGGAACAAUGGGAGGUGUGCGGCGUCGCUUGUUACCGGGCUUGUUCGAAUUCCCUUCAAGAGUUGCACCAGCUGACCAUGGCUUUCUCGCCGAGAUCCGAGUCGUUUUACGGGGACGUCGCACAGGUCAAGGUUGCAGCGAGGCGGGAUGCGACGGUGGAGGAGUCGGAAAGGCUGCGACAACUCGCCGCUCAGGUGUUCCUCAUGGAGGAACAGCGCACCGAAGACAGUUCGAGACGACCCGACGACAGAUCCUACGUUUUCCUUCUCUACCCACCCUCGGUGGGUACCACGCUCAAUCCCGAUCUUUAUAUCGUUAGAGUACAGCUCAGAGCAUUGGUCGUCGGCCUCCUUGUACAUCAGAUGCUUCUUCAUUGCAUCGCCAGUAUUCUUUUGCAAGGGCCUGACUCUUCCUUCCCCAGCUUGUCCAACGUCAUACCCCCCCAAUCGGCCGCGUCGACAUCGCCGAAAUCAAUCGUGCCGGGCUACCUCCCUUACCUGACCAACCACCACGUGGACAUCUUCCUCUCGGCCCUGGAUCUGUCCUACGCGACCGCGUUGAAGUUCGACUGCCGGCCCGGCUUGAAGUUCUUGGUCCAGAAGGUGGCCAACCUGCCCCAACCGGCGAACCUCUACCGUCAAGCGGGGGUCGCGUGGACCAUCAAGAUCGUCACCCUGUUCGAGCUGUGCCUGCACGAGAUAGAGGAGGCAAGGGCGAGCCUGGAGACCGUGAAGACGAUCCUCACCUCGGCCUCGAGCCCGGCCGAGGGCAACGAGCAAGGGGAUCGGGCGUCCUUCAAAAAAGACCCCACCCUCCGCAAACUGUCCAAACACCUGAGACAACUGAGGACCACGUUCCAAGAGCUUUGCGAGAGCUACGUGGAGGUGGUGCUGGACGAGGACGGGAGGCACACCAAGGUGGACAGCUUCUCCGAGAGGAAGAUAUUCCUGCUCGUAGCGCAACCUGACGAUUUUCCAGAGAUCACCGGCAAGGAGCCGAUCCCGAGUUCCGACGACCGAGUCCUUCCCACUCCUGCUCCCGUCCAAUUCCUCCCUUCGGACCAACAUCUCCGAGGAGGAGAGAGCCGAGGGAUCGAGCAGGAUCGAGACGAGGAGGAGGUGGAGGAGUUGGAGAAAGAGGACGAGGAGGAGGAGGAGGAGGAGCAAGAGGAGGACAUCGAGAACUACAACCCGAAUCUGGACGACGAGAGCGGAUCGGACGAGCUUGGGCCGGAAUGCGAGGACGAUCCAAGACCGUUCAGACUGUCCGACCUGGCGGUCGAGUAUUCGACCGAUUCCGGUCCCCAAUCCGAGCCCGAAACCGACGACUCGAGGCCUCUCUCCAGAUUAGGCUCGGUCACGGAGAAGGCCGUCGCGUAUCCUGACAGAUCCGGUGGCACCUCGAGCGAGGGUUACAUAGACGGGAAAUACGACUCGGCGACACCUGCCUCCCUGCGGCUGAUCAACCCUCGGGAUAAUUUGUACUACAAGCUCGGCGGGCUGCGGAGGGCUGAAUCGGCCGACUCUUUCGGCGACUCCUCGGUGCUGGAGUUGAAGGCGACGAAGGGCGGCGGUGUAACGUACGACGAGGUGGACGCGUACGGCAGGCUGGAGAGGAGGAGGAGCGACGCUUGCCUGUUGGCGGGGAAGGGGUCGUUGAGGUUCCUCGAGCCGAUCGAGACCGACGAAAGCGAAACGGCGGCCCGUUACGGGUCGAGGAGCGCGGCGACGCGGUGCCGAUCGGUGAUGGAGUUGAGGAAAAGCGAGGAGAACGGGUCCACGGUCUCGGGGUCGUCCAACGACCUCGACCUCUCCCCCAGAAUUCCCUCCUCGGGCAAGAUGGUCCUCGGGGGGAGGGAGGACGAGUUGCCCAAUAUCUUCGACAACAUAGACGAGCUGUUGCGCGACUACGAGAGGAGCAAACGAGGAUUCAGGACCAACCCUUUCUUGCGAAAGAGCGAGGACGAGGAGUGCCUCGAGGAGGCCGAAGAAACGGGAAAUUGCGAGGAGCCGUCGUCCACGGCGGCGUUCCACAGGAGGAGCAACGUGUUCAAAGACAGCGAGGCGCACAGGGGCGCAUGGGCGGAGAUGUUGAGCACCGUGCUGGAUUGGACGCUCGCCUUGUCCGACGAGCAACUGGUCCCGCUGCUUCCUGUCUUCGUGAGCGGGGUAAGAGUGCUGACCCGUUACGCGGUCGACCAGGUUCUCAAGCAACGAUUGUCCACCCUUUUCCACCGAAUCGCCGUGCUCUACGGAUUGACGAGCAAUUAGGAACAGCUUCGAUACAUCUGGGAACAGAUGUAUUUUCACGAUACUUUAUGAAAAAAAAAAAAAAGAAAAAGAAAACUCUUCUCAUAAGCGGUAAUCGAACAGAGAGAGAGAGAGAGAGAGAAAACGUCUGAAACACACGCAUAUAAUACAUAUAAGAAGUGGAAGAAGCUCGUACGUCGAUCAACUCGUUCGAGGAGAAUAAUUGGUUUCGGUCAAUACUCGAGUAUUUUCUUAAUAGAUAUUUUCCAAAUCUUAAUAUCGAUAGACUGAAACACACGGAGUCUAUUUAUCAGAUACCGAGAUGAGACGAUCUCGAAACGUUUUUCUCUUUUUCUUUUUUUCUUUUUCAAGAAGAAUCGUUGAACGAUUUUAAUCGCAUCUAUCCUACGAAACCAGAACUCUUUGCCAGAAGAACCGUCAUCGUUCCACGAUUAUCGAACAAUUUGAAAGAAAAUUGGAGAGAUAUUAGAAAUUGCAGAAAGCCACGCUCCACUCCUCUAUUCUAUUCUAUUCUUUCUCGGGAGGACUGAGAAGAAGAAAACGCGAAGAGAACGCAUCGUCUCGUUAAUUCGCAGGGAAGGGAUUUUCAAAUUCAGAAAUGCACGGGAGCGAAAACAACUCGACUCAACGACUUUCAACGACUGUCGUCGAAGAAAGGGAGCCACGAAAGCCGGCGAAGUUCGAAGCCUCGCCUAUCUCUAGUUUGUCGCGCCCUCAGACCCGUCGACACGGAGAGACAAGGAUUUUAUUUACGAUCCACACUCUGCACGCACAUCUUCUCGAUUCUCAUUUUAUGCUCUUCGCGCUUAACUGUAGUUUGCGGUCCAGAGUCGGAUGGGUUUGCUUCCAUCGGUUGGAACAACGCACCAGUCGCGACGCAAUGUUCGUCGAUACGUUUCGCCACGCAUAUAAAGAUAUGCCUCGAACAUUUUCCAUCCUCCUCCUUUCGUUUGUCUGCUCUAUAUCUAUUUUUCCACUUUUCUCGUUGAAAAUUUCAGAAAGUGGAAUGUUUACGAAGAAGAGUUUUUAACGAGUCUCGGACCGAUUUUUCUGCAUUCUCUUAGAAUUUGCAGAAAAGCGAAGCAGGAACGACGAAGAAGAAGAAUUACGCGUUCAUCUUCCGGAUUUAUCUUUAUUUCCCGAGGUUAUUUGUUAUCCAGAUUGAACGUUCUCUCCGAUUCCCUCGAGGAUCGUUAAAGAAUCGUGUCGAGCACACACGUUAACGUAGAAGGUGAGAAGAAAUUAGCGAGAUAAGAGUCGAUAGAUUUGUCGUUCGGCGAAACAGAGGAAAUAAUUAGGAUUCGUUCUUCGACGAAGAGCGAAAUUCAAACAGAGCUUUCCGAUUUUCCGCCAAACGAAUUUUGUGAGGGAGACGAAAGGAAAAACGAACACGACGUUAUAUUUUACUGUAAAUAAUACGUACGUCUUGCGCCACGUCCAUUGUUGACGCAAAUUAAAGACCAGACGAGGCUAGAUAGAUUUUUAUCGUUUGAUUUCUAUCGUUUCUCCCCCAUGUUUAGCCGACGACUAGCAAAUGAUUCUUUUUUUUUUUUUAGUUUCGUUUUUCGCUUCGAUAUAUACAUAUAUAUAUAUAUAUAUAUUACACACGUAUAUUUUGUAUAUCGUUUGUAAGUAGAAGGAGACGAAAAGGGAAUUAAUGAUUAUCGACUGUUUGUAUAAAAUCGGUCCAAUUUUCAAAUUUUGUCCUAAGAUUCGAUCGGUGUUGUAAUUGUUGAGCAAUCGGAUCGUUUAAAUGGGGAAAAAAGAAAGAAAGAAAGAAAGAAAGAAAAAAAAAGUGCGGAGAGUUACUAAUUGAUAAUAAAACGUGCCUAUGUAGACCCUUCUUCCGUCUUCUUUCGUUCUUCUUUGUUCUCUUUUCUUUUUUUUGAAGCAAUACACAAGACAAAGAUGAAUAAAGUUAAAAAAGAAAAAAAAAUUCACCCAUUCAAUCGAAAAUAUAUAUAUAUAAAUCUGUAAACGGAAAUAUAUGGACAGUAAUAUGGUAAUAAGGUAUUUUUAAUCGAAAUCAGCGUAAACUCGAGCACGAUAGACAAGUAAGAGAUGUACGAGCGUGAAACGUUCGAUUAUUUCGAGUUAAUAAAAUAAAAUUGUACUACAAUUGAA